AUGCAUGUUGCAUGCAGCUCGUCGCCCAGGGAGGUGUGGAGCUACAUCGACUUCAACCACCCAACCACCUUCCAAACCCUAGCCAUGGACCCCGCCAAGAAGCAGAUGAUCAUGGACGACCUCGAUGACUUCCGCAACAGCAAGGACUACUACCGCCGAAUUGGCAAGGCGUGGAAGCGGGGCUACCUUCUAUACGGCCCUCCCGGCACCGGCAAGUCCACCAUGAUUGCCGCCAUGGCCAACUACCUCAACUACGACAUCUACGACAUCGAGCUCACCACCCUAAGCACCAAUAGUGACCUCCGUAAGCUCUUCAUCGAGAUCACCGGCAAGUCGAUUAUCGUCAUCGAGGACAUCGACUGCUCCCUCGACCUCACCGGUAAUCGUGCCAGAAAAGGUCGACGGCGAGGACCACAAGCAGACGAUGCCCAUGAUUAUGCCGAUCCUAAUAGGCUGACUUUGUCUGGCCUACUCAAUUUCAUUGAUGGCCUUUGGUCGGCGCAUAGCGGUGAGAGGAUCAUCGUGUUCACCACAAACUAUGUCGGCGAGCUUGACCCUGCAUUGAUCCGCAGGGGACGGAUGGACAUGCACAUGGAGAUGUCGUACCUAAAGUUUGAGGCGUUCAAGACGCUGGCCAUGAACUACCUCCAAAUGGAAGCACACCCGCUAUUCGACACCAUCAAGGAGCUGUUGGACGAGGUGGAGAUUGCCCCAGCAGAUGUCGCCGAGUGUCUGAUGGUGUCGAGACGCACAGACCGUGAUGCACAGGCUUGCCUGGACCGCUUGAUUGGUGAGCUCAAGAUGAAGAAAGAGGAAACCAAGGACAUAAACAAUAAGAAGGUCAAGACCAAUAAGCAUAGAAAGAAGGCAAAGACCAAAGCCAAUGCAAAGAGGAAGGCUGAAGCCGAGAAAGAAAAGGUCGAAAAGGCAGCAUCCGAGGACGAUAACAAGAAGACCAAUGACAACACGGAGAAGAAGGCCACAGACGUAGAGGAGGAGAAGAAGGUCAUCCAGGAAGAUUAA